UGAAAAUCUUAUCGUGGGAUUGCGUGAUAGUGGUCAAUUGAAACGGUGAUAGAAAAUAAAUACAGAAAAGGAUAAAGUGUGAUCUUUACCGAAGUGUUUAGCGAUUAUUGAAACUAUACUACAUCUGUGGUAAAGCAGAGAAAGGAUUCACAAGAUGUCCGAGUAUUGUGAGUACAUGUAUGACACCACGAGAGGUCACAUAAGCACCGCUUUGGCGCGGAGUAUUUAUGACGAGGAGGCUAGAUUCGACAAACGUGACAAGAAACUGGCCAUUAAAACCGUUCGAGCGAUAUUGCGUGAAAUGCCGGAUGUAGACUUGAAGCACUGCACGGAUGAAUAUAUUACGCGUUUCCUGUUGGCCCGGAAAUAUCGCACGGAACAAGCUGCUGCCCUGAUAGCUGCUUAUCAGGCGCAAGUAGCACAUCGACAGGAUAUCUUCGGCAAUCUAACGGCCAGAGAUCCAGCGUUGCAGCGCGCGCUGCGCGCAGGAAUACCGGGUGUGCUUCCUGCACGUGAUAGGAAAGGGAGAUGUGUACUCGUUAUUUUGGCCUCGCAAUGGGACCCAGUCGCGGUACCAGCUUUAUCAGUUCAACGAGCUCUUUUCUUGGUUCUUGAAAUCCUCAUACAAGAUCCGAGGAAUCAGCAAUCCGGUUUCGUGGCGGUGGUAGAUUGGAGCGGAUUCUCUUUACGACAGGGCGGUGCCUUAGGCGCAGCGGCACUGCGAAACCUAAUAGCCGCUCUUCGAGGACGAUUUCCGGCUAGAUUCAAAGCUAUACACUUCCUAUCGGCCCCGCUCUACGUUCAGGCCACAUUGGCCCUCGUGAAACCUUUCUUGGACGAAAAGACCCGAAAUAAGAUCUACUUGCACGGGAACAACUUAAGCACCCUGCAUGAACACCUGCCCACUGAUAUUCUGCCAGCGGAAUUGGGUGGCACAGGGCCAGCAUUUAAUCCAGGACUAUGGGCUGAACCAGUUAUUCAUUCGGCGAUGAAAGAAGCUGAGUUAACCGCGGUGAAAAAGGAAAGGGAACAGGCUGAGAACGCCGCGGAGCAGCCUUAUGAUAGAAAACAAGAGUCUAGAGACAUGGAGGACCACAAAAGAAACGAGGCGGAUUCCAUGAAGUCGAACAAUAGCGUGAACAAAGAGAACGGAAGACGAUUCUUCAAUCCUUUUGGUAAUUCUACGAAAAAUCAGUCGCCGAAGAAGGCUGGAGGAACAAACGUAGAACUGAACUUAAUUAAUCGCACUAAUGGCCACGAAGAAAGGAAAGACGGUAGAAGAGAAAGUAGAACGAUAAAAGAGGAUGAGGACUCGUAUUGUAGGACUAGAGAUAAAAUGUUAAACAAUGGAAAUACCGAUUACUACGACGACAAAACGGAACGAUACAAAGAUGCAGGGGAUAAUUUAUUAGGGUUUCAGUCGGAGAGGCACUCGAAUGAAUACGAGAUUUCGAAUAGGCCAGACAGCGACGAUAGUAAGGACAAUUCAUUAGAUAACAGAUCAGAGAAUGCCCUCAUUGAGACAGCUAAAAGUGAAAUUCCCUCGGAAGAAACGAAUCUCAUAACGUAAUGUUAAUCCACUCGAGCUGUUAGGUUAAAACAAAUUGAUCGAGUACUUACGUGAGAAGGCGUUAACUUUGAUUUUGAGUAUAAUUAAAUCAAAUGUUGCCGCAAGGUUUAGGAUUGAUCAAAUGUAGUAGAU